GCGACAUAAUCCAGCUAAUAACGACACGCAACAAUGAACUUUGUGAGGUUUUUGUGAUGUUUGCGUUGGGGGGAAGACUAUGUCUGGUUUGCGCAGAGCUGAAACGUGGGAAAUAUCCGACUCCGAGGACGAGACUGACGACAAACCCGGUUUAACACGGGCCCACCGGCGGCACGGCGAAACACCGGACGCCGAUGCGGAGUCUGCCGACACGGACAAUGAAGACCGCGGUAGGAAAUAUGAGGGUCGUCCGCCGCCCCCUCCGCGGUCCGCUCCGUCGGCGAGGCGCCGCCGCACCAGAGAGGAGGUGGAGGCGGAGAGACGGGAUGCCCGGGAGAGGAGGGAGGCCAGGAAGAGGCAGAGGACUGCCAAGGCUAGGGAGAAAGAGGAGAAAAGACAGGAGCAGAAGAGGAGGAGAGAGGCUGCCGAGCACCUCAACAGUCUCCGGCCAGACAACUGCCUGAAAUGCCUGACUGUCUGGAUAGAUCCCGCCGUAUUACAACAUGAUGGAUCUGACGUGUUGCUCGGCACCUUGGCAUCCUUGGAGUGGAAGUUUAACAUCAAGAGCCAGCGGCUCCCACACAGCAUCACCUGGACCAGAAAGCCGCCUCCGCAGGGAGAGGACAAGAUUGAGCCUGUCAAAGAGGAACAUGUGGUUGUGGUCCUGGAUCUCACGGAGUUCAUGGACAUGAUGAUGGGUGUGAAGAAGAUUCUGGAGACUGAGGACACGGAGGCAGGAGAGGAGUCUUUCUUUGGCUCUCUGAUGGAGUAUCUUAACCAUAAUGCUGAGAAGAUGGUCACUAUCUUAGUGAUGACCUCUCAACCCAAUUACUGGAUGGAAGCCUGGAAGGGACAUCCACCGUACCAGACACUACGGUCCCAGAUGGGGAUGGACGCUCUGGACAUCGAGGAGGUGCUGGUGUACCUGCAGUUCUACCAAUCCGUCUCUCUGGUCUUCCUGGAUGGCUGGCAGGAAGUCACCGACCACGUGCGUGCCGUCACCAAGUCGUUGUCUAAACGUCCCUUCAGGCGUCUGACGGAGCGGGUGGAACUGCCGUUCUGCGUGGACGGUUCAUGGGCCAGCGGGUCGCGGGUGGAGAGGGACGGCUUCGGCCUCAGCAAGGUGUGGAGCCAGCAGAUCCAGCAACUGAACCGGGUCAGCGCCGCCGUGGCUUCCGCCAUCACAGCGGCUUACCCGUCUCCCCAGCUCCUGCUGCAGGCGUACCGGAGCGCCGAGUCGGAGGAGGCGAGGAGGAGUCUACUGGCCUGCCUCACGGUGACGGGAGGAGGGCAGGAGAGACGCGUCGGUCCGGAGAUAUCGACCAGGAUCUACCGCUGCCUCACGGCCCAGAACCCCCAGCUGGUCCUGGACUGACCAGGACACCUCGCGGCUGCUAGCAGGUUCAUGCGGAUGUUUACCAGCUAUUGAAAAGUGUGUGUGUGGCUCAUCGGGGACCUUCGGGGGGCACCGGUCACUCAUCGGACUUUCAAGAACACUACGAGAGAGCACGGAAAGUGACUUGUAAAUAAAGAAUGAUUUAUUUUGAAAAAUCCAA